AUGACGAAACUCUUCAUCACCGGUGCUACGGGCUACAUUGGAGGCGACGCACUUUAUGCUAUUGUGAAUGCUCAUCCGGAGUACGAGAUCACUGCCCUCGUGCGGAAUUCAGACAAAGGAGCCCAGGUGCUGAAAGACUAUGCCAAGAUCAGGCUCGUCUUUGGCGACCUUGAUAGUGUUGAGCUGAUCACCGAAGAGUCGACGAAGGCUGAUGUCGUUUGUCACUUUGCCAAUGCAGAUCAUGUAGCGUCUGCAAACGCCAUCGUGAAAGGACUUGCUGCUCGAGAAGCAGAACGACCAGGCUUCUAUAUCCAUACCUCUGGGACCGGUAUCCUCAUGUUCACAGACAUCAAGUCGUCAACUUACGGUGAAACUUCAGAGAAGACAUACGAUGACCUCGAGAACGUCUCAGAGGUCACUUCUCUGCCAGACGAAGCUUCGCACCGGAACGUCGACAAGAUCGUCCUUGCAGCCGGUACAAACCACAGCGACAGGAUCAAGACCGCUAUCGUGUGCCCACCUACUAUUUACGGACCUGGGCGUGGACCAGGGAAUCAAAUAUCCCACCAAUUACCAGAGCUCUGUCGAGCCACGCUACAGAAAGGUCACGGGGUCAAGGUCGGAACCGGCAAAACAUACUGGGGCAACGUCCACGUCCACGACCUCUCGGACCUCUAUCUCAAGCUCGUCGAGGAAGCAGCUCAUGGGGGGUCGACGGCCGAUUGGCCAGGUAAACCCGCGAUCUGGGGAGCGGAAGGUUACUACUUCUGUGAGAACGGCGAGCAUGUCUGGGGUGACAUCUCGGAGUUAGUGGCUACGGAAGCGUAUAAGCAGGGGUUGAUCAAGGAGAGGGAUGUCAAGUCCAUUGGUAAAGAUGAGGCUAAUGGUCUUACGGCUCAUGGUGCGGCGCUUUGGGGUGCUAAUAGUCGAGCGAGAGCUAAGAGGGCGAGGGCAACGCUGAGAUGGGAUCCGAAGGGGUAUAGUUUGAAGGAAGAUGUGAAGCCAUCGCUGCAGGAGCAGGCGAAGAGGCUUGGUGUUGAGCCGGGACAUGCCAAAGUCGCGGCCGGUGAAGCUUCUUGA